UGUGCAUGGGUGUUAGAGAAGCAGCUCAAUCAGCAGCUUCAAAGUGGAGCUGGUUUACAGCCCUCUGGUCCCCUGCUCAUCCCUUGGACCACAGGAAAGCUCCUUUCUCCUCUCUCUUCUUGCAGAACAACCUCUCUUCCAGGAAGCCUCUUCCUAGGGACAGGCAGGUGAUGUCUGGAAACGGUUUGGGAGCUGGUGAUCCGCAGAGGCUCAAUGCCCCAUCCCGGGUAUCACCCGUGUGACCCUGGCUACGUGCCCCUGGCUGCCAUCAGCACCGUGCGGUGCCUGCCCAGUGGCAGAUGGUACCCACGGGUGCCCAGCUGCAUCCCAGGUGACUGUGGCCCACUGCCAACCAUAAGCAAUGCGGAGCCCCUGGAGGACCCUCAACACCGGGAAAACUUCAGCGUUGGCUCCAUGGUAACGUACAGAUGCCGUGCCGGUUACACGAAGCUCCCCUUGCGCUCAGAUACCAUAGAGUGCCUUUCCACCUCCCAGUGGUCCAACCUCCCGGAGUUCUGUGGGCGCAGCUGCCCCAGCCCCCCCCGGGUGCUCUUUGCUAAAGUAUCACAACAAGAUGAAACCCAGAAUUUCUAUGGUGUUGGUACCACAGUGAAGUACAGCUGCCGCCCAGGCUACAGCAACACCACAGACCAGCUCCCCACCAGCACGUGUCUUGACGACUUAACAUGGUCAGAGGUUCCUCUACUGUGUCAGAGGAAAUCUUGUGGUAUUCCAGCAAAUCCAGAACAUGGCAAAGUUAUUACCAAUGAUUAUCUGCUGGGUGCAAGAGCAGAUGUAGUUUGUAACCAUGGGUACACAUUAAAGGGAGAGUCACCUCUCAUCUGGUGUUCCAUAAGGGAAGGGGAUGUUGCCUGGAGCCAAAUUCCAGCUUGCCAGGCUAUUUCUUGUCCUCCGCCUCCAGCUAUUCCUAAUGGGAAGCAUAACAGCAGCGGGACAGAGGAGUUCACAUUCAGCUCAGUCGUGAUGUACACGUGUGACCCCGGGCUCCAGCUUGUGGGGAAUGAGACCCUUCGUUGUACAACAGAGGACGGGGUCAAUGGUGUCUGGAGCAGGCCUCCUCCGGAAUGCAGGGUUAGCACUACAGCAGCAGCAAACCAAACCGAGCCCUCAGAAGAGAAGAUAGCAGAGAAUCCCCAUUGGCUAGCAAGUGUCCUCAUCCCCAGUUGCAUUGGUUCCACAGUAGUCCUUGGAAUCCUCAUUGGGAUCAUCAAGAGACGGAAAGACAAUAAAACCCACUCUUUCAAUACACAUUUACAAAAGCAGGAGAUGAACAGAAGGGAUCCAGGGAUGCACCUAGAGAUAAAGGCUGAUGGGAAGCAGCCUGUGCUGUGGCAUUCCUAUUUUUGCCACACAACGAGCUGCCACGUGUGUCCCACAUGCGAGGAGCGGCUCCACACUGCCCUGUCCCCUGAGCACAGCGGCUGUGCCAUCUGCCAGCAGUGGCUGAGCUCCCAGCCCACAGCACCACGAACGUACUGGGUCACCAGCAUCGGCGAUGGGGAGAGCCAGAGACCAGCAGGCACCAGCUCUGCUGCCAAACCUGAGGAUGUGUGGAGGGGUGAUGGCACCGGAGGAGCUGUUCCAGAGCAGAGCAGGGCAGAGCAGCCCAUGGACCAUGAAAGCAGCCACCACGUCUGUCCUAUCUGUGAAAGCUGGAUGCGUGCUCACGUGGGUCAGUGUGAUAACAGCCCCGUGGUGCCCAGGGAGCAGCCCCAACAGCAGGAUGAGAGCCCACAAGGUCCCAUCUGCCUGCCCUGCACUGACCGGCUGCACCUCUCCCUUGUGCACAGCAACACUUGGAGCUGCUCCAUGUGUCCCCUGGCCAGAGAGGGGACCCUGGUUCACCUCAUCCCCCCCAGCACCCCCGGCUGCCACUGCUGCCCCAUCUGCACAGCACCCACCCAUGUGCACCUCUGCCAGGCACUCCAUGGCUAAUUGCUGGUGGUUGGAGCACCCUGAGCACCACAAAGCUGGUUGGAGGGAGGGGAGAGUUGCUACACUAAGUCCUGAUGCUGUCGGGAUGAAGUUCUAAGUGCAAUAAAGGUGACCUGAAGUCAAGUGUGUGACUUCACCAGGAAGAAUUCCUUUGUGGAUAAGCAUUCCUGGCAAAUCCGGUGCCACUUUGGUUUAUUAAGUACUUUUUUGUUUGCUUUAGUAUGAAAAAAACCCUAUUUUUACAGCUUUUAAAGUAAAGCUUGAAAAAUCCAGUUUCAUUCCACUAGGAAAAUAUUUUCCUAGCAAACACCCUCAUUACACAAUCUUGCAAGAUUUAGUUAUAUUUUUUAACUACUUUUGGACUGAGAGAGUGCAGAUACAAGCGCAAAAUGGCUGUAUUUACAGUACAAUUGUUCUGCAA